AUGAACGCCGCUGUUUCUCGGCUGCGGCUAUUCGUUCUUCGUUGGGCUGUUCACGGCUGCCGAUGCUAUUCGGGCCCUAGAAGAAGGCCGACGGGGUGCCGCUGCUGCUCGUUCUCGGUUCGACUACCUCGCGUCGCCGGGAAUCUCGUCGUUGGGCCGAUUCGGCUGCUCUCGCCGGGAAAUUGGACUCAGGUCGCGGAGGAGCUCGGGGAAUCGCGGCUCGAGAUAGAAGUUAGUUGUCCGUCUAGAGAUCGGAGGUCAGAGCUCAAAGGUCUCGGAGGUCGUCGGCGCGCACGGACUCCUCGUAGCCAGAAAUGGCUGGCUCUCGAAUUCGCUGGUUCUGCUCGUAGUCGGGCUGGUGGUGAUCGACUCGCCGGAACAUGGUGCCCUUGCUGUCGAAAAAAAACGAAGCUCUGCCGUGAGGGAUGGCUGGUACAAUUGGGCCAUCUCUGCGAAUUCUCUGUGAACUUUUUACUGAAGGAGAAAAUGAGAGUGGCGGCUAAUUGGAGGGUUCCUUAA